UCUUCCGGCCGAAGGAACGCGUCCUCGAAAGAGCGCACAUCGAAAAAUCCUCCGUCGCGUCGGCACGCAGCGUGGAUCGUAAAUUCGGAGUAUGUUUUCGGAGGUGAAAGAAUCACGUCGCGCGGUCGCAUGCGCACACGUGUGCUCGUGCUGGACAGCCUCGAGUGAUUUGUAACUUUCGUGCCGGGAAUGAUGGGAGUUUGCCGAGGGAGCUGGGAGGGUUGAUUUUGGAUGAUCCGAGAGGAAGCACACGAAUGCAGAGCUGUUGCAAUUCGCGAACGGGAGGUUUUCUCUUUUCGAAAAAAAAUAACGUCGAGGCGCGACGUUAGGGUUGCCAUUUUGUACGUUAUACCGUGACAGUGAGAGUGAUCUCGUCGUGAACUAAACCCCGUCGAGUAUCAUUACACCGACGAUGCUGCGCUACACCUUGUGAUCGACGAUCUUCGUGCGCUACGUGAUACUCCGCAAGAAAGUCGAUUCUGCUGUGCGCGACAAUUCGCUCGGAGUGUUGUAAGGUGGCAACGAUGCGUGGCUUUGUGCUUCUUGCCCGCCAGUGGAUUUUGUGAAGGACGAACUUGUCCGUCCGACACGUUUCGACACGGAUUAAGGAUUACUCUCGCAAGCGAUGCCUUCUGGAUAAGCGUAUAUGGCUGAUGCGCGACUGGAAUGGCAGAAAAGUUGCGCGAGGCGGCUGCUCGUGGCGAUGUUGCUCGAGUCACACGCUUGCUCGACGAAGACAUUAAACCGCUGCCCGACGAGAAUGGCCGAGGGCCCCUGUUGCUGGCCGCGGCAGGUGGUCACGUGGAAGUGUGCGAGACCCUGUUGCUGCGCGGCGUCGACGUCAGCAUCGCGGACGACCAUGGAAACUCGGCACUGCACGAGGCAUCGUGGCGUGGCUACAGUCGGACCGUGGCGGUUCUGGCGAAGGCCCUCGGGACCCAGCGGGCCCCUCUGCAUGCUAGGAAUCUCGCCGGAUUUGCACCGCUUCACCUCGCCUGUCAAAACGGCCAUAAUCAAAGCUGUCGAGAGCUCCUCCUAGCCGGCAGCAAUCCCGAUCUUCAGAAUAACUACGGCGAUACACCACUGCAUACUUCCGCACGUUACGGUCACGCCGGAGUAACGCGCAUACUGAUCUCGGCUCUGUGCAGGGUGUCCGAUCAAAAUAAAAACGGCGAUACCGCCUUGCACAUAGCCGCGGCGAUGGGUCGUCGGAAGUUGACGCGCAUCCUUCUGGAAGCCGGUUGCGACCGGAGUCUGCGGAACAAGCAGGGCGAAACGGCGAAGGACAUCGCCCGCCGUAAGAACCUUUCCGAAAUCUUGGACAUCAUCUCCAAGGCCCGUGGCAAGAGCCGAACGCGCAGCAAGAGCCGCGAGGACGACUCGGUCGAUGGAAAAGUGGACGACGGUAAGACGAAGAAGCGAGAGAAGACCGGAAGCGGCACCAGCGGCGGUGGCGGCAGCAGCUCGAAGAAAGACCGGAAGAAGCACAAGUCCAACGGCAAGCAGCACAAGGUCCGCUUCGAGAAGGCCAUCAUGGGCCGGCAAUGGUCGCCUUACGGCUGCCACUAUUAUCCAGACCCGGAAGCGUUCCCUCAACCUCGCCUGGACUCUUUGCCGGCCGACCCUUUAGGGCGUGGUGAGCAGUACUACUUGGACCUGGCGGGUAACAUCAGGAAGGGCCCGGUGGGCGUCGGAUACACGUGUUAUUGCGCACCAUUCUUCCGCCACAUGGAGGCGAAAUUGGAGCGGGACAAGGCCGAGUUGAAGGCGCAUAUCGACCAAGCUCACGAGAAGCUGGACCUGAAGGUGACCAAUCUGGAGAGAAGGACCAGAGGGCAGAUCUCGGAGCUGACCAGGUGCGUGCAGGAGGAACGAACCAGAUGCAACGAGAGGCACUCGCAGCUUCAGCAACGUCUUCAGCGAGGCGGGAGGGGUAGAUACAGCGAGAGACCAGCGAAAACCAAUUACAACCAGCACCAUGAAGUGGUGCUACCGACUAGAACCAGGUCGCUGGAGGAUCUGUUGGACGAUCGGCCGCAAGAUCGCAGCUUCGAGAUCCCCGGGGAAACGCCGGUUCAUCGCGGUAGCCUGGACGAUCUUGAUAUUCCGGCUAUACCCAGACUCAGCACGUCCAUGAAAGACCUACCUUCGGGCUCCGGAGUGGCCAGAUCGGCGCUCAGGGUAUUGGAUAUUCCCCCGAGACUCAAUGAAACGUUCGACGGAGUCGUCAGGCAGGAUAGAACCUCGCCUUUGGGCGCACUGCCGGCGCAGUCGCUUCCCGUUGAGGGGAGACGUCUGCAGAGGGGUUGCACGUCGUACGACAUGCACGUUAUGAACACGUCCGCGGAUGAGAAUAAGAUCGGCGACGGUAACACGACGGAGUGGAGCGGUCGUCGCAGCGUCCACGAGAUGAUCAAGCGGUUUCAGCAAGUACCUGAUAUGCAUAACGGCUGGCGAGGGAUUCGUUCCGGAAGCAGCGAGCCGAUCAAUCUGGGCGAACAUACCAAGUGCUCGCAAAGCCAGAGAGUUCAUCCUCAAGGUAACGACAGCGAGAGUAGCGAAGGCGAAGACGACGAUGCCGAACAACCCGAAGCAUACAAGGGAGCUAAUUGUAGAAAAACUGGUAUCCCCGAAGACGUGCACUACGACAGUAUCGCGAGGAUGCCUUACAGAUCGCGCAAUCCCGUGUACAGUCCGACCCCGCCUCUGCACGACACUCACAAUGAUUCUGGAUACAGCACUCGCAUGUACGGCUCCAGCAAGGGCGCGUCGCCUUCCUUGUCGGGUCAACUGGAGUGCGAUGUGAUCCUGCCACCUUCGACGGGGCCAUUCGCGAGUGGAGAACAACUCGCUGUCCUACUGGAGCAGCCAAGGGGACACGACUUAACGGUUUACGAGCGAAGCGUUGAUAACGUCGUAAUUAACAUUGGCACUGCUAGUCUGGUUUAGUCCCGUACAACCGGCGGUUCUAUAUCUCUAACCCGGAAAUGGGACUUUCCCAAAAUGCAAUUACGUUACACUGUAUGUAAAAUACGAGGCCUGUCCGGAAAGUAUCCGAACUUGUGCUGUAACUUUGUAUCUAGGUGUGCUAUUGUCAGCAAAAGGUAUUCAUCAUUUAGUGGGGACCUUCGCGAGUACCUCCACCGAUCAUACUUUCCGGACAGACCUCGUAUACUGGUUGCUCCGAAUAUGUUGAAAUUACGCGUUCAGCAGAUAAAGCAACUUUCCGUUAUGCCGCCAACAGCUCUGCAAAUAUUGUGUUGUUUUCUGCUGAACGACACUCAGCAGCUUACGUUGCUCCAACAUGUUUACUAAGUGAUUGCUAUUUUUUCCAACAUACUUUUAAUCCUGCCUGACGACUCCGCCGGACUGUCAAACAUGUUGGAAUAAAACAUAAAUUAUGAAAUGUCGUUCAGCGGAAAAUUUUGUAUCAGUUGCUAAACAUAGCGGAAAGUGCUUAUUAGCUGCUUUCUUACUGAACGCAGUCAAUAACUUGAAGGUUGGAUUAUUAUUAUUUCGUCGUAUUUUUCCAUCGUUACAAUAGCUACGGGGUCUAAUUGAAUGCGAACAUUCUGAAAUGUAUAUAUUGCAGUUGUAUCUUCACGAAUCGUUGUCUAUAUUAGUUUUAUUAUUGUUAAUAUCAUUAUUAUAAGUGUCAUAUGUCCGUCCACGUUGCCAUGACCUCAUUUUAUAAUAGAAAUAAACACUAAGUAAAAACAACAGUAUUUAUUACUCAUGUAUUAUACGCGCAUUAUGUAUGUCAUGUAUAUGUAUGUAUGUGUAAGUGUGUACGCGAUCGAAAAUCUAAUCUCUGAGAGAUAAAUUCUUCUUUUUCAAAACAACGUUUUGACACAUAUGUUGAGCCAUAUCUUAUAUAACGUUUAUUAAGUAGAUCGUACGCAUGUGACACUGACGAUAUUUCUUUUGUAAAUUCAAAAUCAGCAGCAUUAAAUAUUUUAAAUAUAGUAUGUGACAUGAUGGCUGCAUCGAGCAGAAAAGCGGUAAGAGCUUCCCGUCACGCUGCUCGCAGCUUUGCAACUGUUGUAAGAUUUUCUGCCGAACAAUGCUUAGCCAUUUACGCUGCUCCAAAGUUUACCAAGCAAUCCAGCAUAUUAAAAGUAUGGAAAAGUUGAAAAAAAUGUCAGUCGACUUAGCAAACAUAUUGGAAAAGCGUAAACCUGCUGGUGUUGUUUAGCAGAAAAUCUUAUAAUAAUUGCAAAGUUGCAGACAGUACAGCGCGAAGCACUUGAUAAACUGUUUUUUUCCACAGAAUGUAGUCGUUGGCGAAUGUAAACACUUGUGUUUGGAGAGAGCGUUAUCAGCAUAAUUGCUAUUCUAUUUUCGUCGCUUUAGACGUAAAUAAGUAUGGAAAAACGUAAUUGCGCUAACAGCGCGCACGCUUCUCGAAUAUAAACAUUCUGAGUAGAAUAUUUCGGAGCUAAACGAACACUGCUGCCCAGCUAUUCAGUGAGCAUUUUGAGAGAAAAAGUUAUUGAAGAUGACUUUUUGACCUUGAUGAAAAUCUCUUAAAAGCGAUAUAAAAAAGUAGUCGUUCUGUAAGACGUCUUUUAAAAGAAUUUUUAUAUGAUGUCUAUUAACACGGAACAUGACGUUCUCUAAGAAUAAGAAAAGUAUUUCUUGUGCAUUUAGUGCGAUCAAUAAAAACAAAUAAAAAGUUUUUGUUGCCCAUAACAUUUAAAAUGCUGUCAGAAAGUGAUACAAAGUUAUUAUUAUUUGUAAUACUGGAAAGGAAACCUCCAUUUUUGUUUAAAUUGUUUUAAUAAAUUACGUUAAUUUUUGAUAAAGCAUUAUAUUCUCCAUUUAUUACUUUAAAUUCCUCAAGGACUGACGUCACCUAAAUGAAAUGUUCAUCC